UCUUUCAACUGACGUCAUUUUCCUCCAUGCAACCCAAGCAGCAGUGUCUAAAGAGCCUGUCAAGGAUAGUUUCGACUGGUUGCUUGUGAUCUCUCUAUUGUACCCUGCCAAUGUUCCAUUUCCUUGGGUUGCUCCUUGUGGCAUCUGGCCAACGGCGAUCGCUGCCUGGGAAAUCCAACGAUCCUUCAAUAGCCUUGCCACUUCCCAGGUCAUAUGAGUUUCAUGUUGCGCCGAUGCAGGGAUACACAAAUGCCCCGUUACGGCACCUCUUCCAAUUGCUUUCACCGGACGCGAUCCUAUGGACCGAAAUGGAAAAGGUAAAAGACUUGCUCGGCGCAGAUGAUUUGGCAAUACAGAAACGGUUUGGCGACCUCGAAAAACAACAUGACAACCGGCAUCGACUGACACUGCAACUAGGUGGAAAUGAUGCUUUCGCAAUGGAAAAAUGCGUGUCCGGCCUCCUGCAAUCCGGGUAUCAAUUCCGAGAGAUAAACCUCAAUUGUGGUUGCCCCAGUAUCGAAGCUGGAGGGGCUGAUUAUGGGGCCAGUCUCAUGAAACAGCCAGCCCUGACGCGUACUCUUUUUGAGGCUAUUGGCAAUGCCUGUCGAAGCAGUAACAUCCACAAUACACACAUGCCUGCAAUCAGUUUGAAAUGCCGCACGGCUGUUUUUGACGAUAUAAAUGAUUUGGAAUUCGCCAUGACAUCUUCUCCCGAUGAAAAGUGGUGGAAGGACGAGCACUUCCAGUCCCUAUGUGAAUACAUUGAUCAAGCCCAACUGGGCGGAAUUUCCCACGUUGUACUGCAUUCCAGACCUGCUAUACUGUCCGGGUUAAGUCCAACCAAAAACCGCCUUAUACCGCCAUUGGAUUAUGACUUUGUGGAGCAAGUUGCAAGUGAGUUUCCAGCCUUGCGAGUAACUCUCAAUGGAGGUAUUCAGACGUUGCAAGAUUUGAAAACAGAGAAAAUGAACCGCCGAAACCACAUUAAAGGUGAAAGUCGGGGAGUCAGCACGAUUGGAUCCCACAUGGCUGGUCGCUGGUUGCUUCGUAGUCCAAUGUCACUCUUGGCAAUCCAGCAUCGGAUCCUGGACUCGAAAGACCGUGCAAACAACGUUGUACCAUGGGAUGACAUUUUUGCUGGGGCCAUCGAAAAGUACAUGCGAUAUGUGGAAGGCAGCAUUGACAAAAAGAUUCAUCCAUGGUCGGAAUUGUGUCUGCCUCUGUAUCUAGCCAUUGAGGAACUAAGGACAGGGUUUGAGGAAGACGCCGAGGAGCAUCUUAUUCUUCAUGCACAGGACGACGUCCAAUGGGCGUCAGAGCAUUUCCUGUACGAAACAAUGAAAGAGGCUGUCGAACGGAUGGUACUACGGUUGCCUGGUUCAAAGCAAGGUAAAAGCAAGGCAAUCCCGCGUGAAAUUCAUUGGAAACGUUUAUCUUCGGCCUUGAAAAAUAUUGUGGGGACAAAGGUUUACAACAAAUGGAGGCGCAACAGGAAGGAACUUCUCCCUAGCUAGCCAGCGGAAUUGAAAAAUCAUCGUAAACGGGCUUGACCGGAUGAGAUACAUGUAGAUGUAUGAAACUAAGAAUUUCGGGGAUCUUUGUGGAAGAAGGCAACAGCCGCAGAUUCCUCGAGCACAGUGUGACCUUUCCGGGAGUUGGGAACGAGAGAUGCAAAGCAGCUACCCGGUAAUUUUGAACUUCGCGCGUGAAAAUUGAUGGGUAAGGGAAUGGUUUAUUUUAUUUUGGUUUGGUUUGGUUGGUUUGGUUUGGUUUCAAUCGCCGGAAGAAGUCAAGUCCUGGCCUCUAACCUGGCCACACCCCAUAGCAACACCUGAAAACUUCCUUCUGACCCACGCCAAGCCUCAACAGCAAGCCCCACUCUUGGUCGCAACCUGGACCUACCGGUACAACGUAGAAGCUCAAAGCAGAGCUAGCUCCUGGCGUCAACCCUGAAACACUGCUUGGACCUACCAUAUGCGACAGUCCACAUACACCAGGUCCAGUGCCAGGCCCAACUCCCCGUCUCCUGAAUUGUGCAGCCCUGCCGGCCUAUCGGUAGGAAGGAUGAUGGAUCUUUGCUGGGCG